AGACCGGCGGGCCCGGGAGGAGAGGCGCGGAGGGGAGCGGAGCUAUGCUAAACCUGGGGUACCGCUGAGGCGGGGCGGCCAGGCCGGAGGCGGGAGAUCUCCGGCUCCCGAGGCGGCAGGAGGCAUUUAGGCGCGGGGAGCGGCUCCGCAGCCACCGGGCCAAUGAACAUGUCCGUGUUGACUUUGCAGGAAUACGAAUUCGAGAAGCAGUUCAACGAGCAUGAGGCCAUCCAGUGGAUGCAGGAGAACUGGAAGAAAUCUUUUCUAUUUUCAGCACUGUACGCUGCCUUCAUAUUUGGUGGUCGGCACCUUAUGAAUAAACGAGCAAAAUUUGAACUGAGGAAACCACUAGUGCUCUGGUCCCUGAGCCUUGCUGUCUUCAGUAUAUUCGGUGCUGUUCGAACUGCUCCUUACAUGCUGUACAUUUUGAUGACCAAAGGCCUGAAGCAGUCAGUGUGUGACCAGAGUUUUUACAUUGGACCUGUCAGCAAAUUCUGGGCAUAUGCAUUUGUGCUAAGCAAAGCACCUGAACUAGGAGAUACAAUAUUCAUUAUUCUUAGAAAACAGAAGCUCAUCUUCUUACACUGGUACCAUCACAUUACUGUGUUACUUUAUUCUUGGUAUUCCUACAAGGACAUGGUGGCUGGCGGUGGCUGGUUUAUGACCAUGAACUAUGGAGUGCACGCUGUUAUGUACUCUUACUAUGCCUUGCGGGCUGCUGGCUUCAGAGUCUCACGCAAGUUUGCCAUGUUCAUCACCUUGUCGCAGAUCACCCAAAUGUUGGUUGGCUGUGUAAUCAACUACCUGGUCUUCUCCUGGAUGCAGCAUGGCCAGUGCCAUUCCCACGUGCAGAACAUCAUCUGGUCCUCUCUCAUGUACCUCAGCUACUUUGUGCUCUUCUGCCAUUUUUUCUUUGAGGCCUAUAUUGGCAAAACCACAAAAGCAAAGAAGGUUGACUAGUGGUGAGAAUGAGACAGAAGCCAUAGCUCAGGGUCAUCAAGAAAAACAAAAUUACAAGAAAAGAAAAUGGCACAAGGAAACACAUAUAUGUAUGGUGCAGCUAAAAUUUGGCAGCUUAGGGAAAGUUAGCUUGGUUUAACCCAGUAAGUUUAUGAUCCUAUCAUGGUGAGGACUCACUGCAAUUUACUCUAAUUCAAAGGACUGCUGAUGACAGACUCCUUCCUUCUUGUACCUGCCUGCUCCAGAAAAGAAAGAAGAAAAGGAGAAACAGAAAAAAAGUGAGAAGAAAAGAGAAGAAAAGCAGAAAGGAAUAAUAUUGAGGGGGAAAAAUAAAGUACAUUAAAUAAACUGUGUUUCCCUGGGAUGGAAAAGAAUUUUAUUGUGAAAAAAAGUUGCUAAAUUCUUUCUAAUAGUUUUUCAGCAUUAAACUUAAACAAAACAUUUACGUUAAUGGUAGGAUUGUGAAAUUAAAAUCUUUUCUAUAAAAGAUUUAGCCAAAAUGAAGCCCCAAGAGGAUGUCACGUACAGCUGUGUGGAAAGCGGUUGAACUCCAUUGUGGUCAUGAAUGGCAGUGAGAAGAGAUUGAGUGCUCUGCUCUGUCCUGUGCCAAGGGAGUAGAGCUGGGAGGCAGGCACCUCUCUGGGGUGCAGGAAGGAGCAGGACUUGUACAAGAGCCUAAUGUGAAAAGGAACGCUGUUGCAAUACAUAUCUCAGCAAGUGCAUUUUCCAGGUGCGCUUUUCAGCUAAAGGCAAGGAGUUUCUGCAGCAGGAUAAGACACAGAGGGUUAAAUCAACCAAUAUAUGCUAAAUUACCAGGGGCUAAUAGCAGAUGAAUGUUCAGGAAGGAGAGGGAGGCAACUCCUGAAACAUGAUUUUUAAGAACUAUCCAUCAAUCUCAAAUUAACCCACAGCAACACGGAAUGGAAUGAGGGGAAAUGAGAAGCCACUCUAGCCAGCGAGCGGUGAGCGACGCCUCUUCCCAUUGAUUCCCAAACCGUGCGUCGGGUGGAGCCGGGAGGUGAGGCGAGGGGAAGAGUGCAGGACCGGGCAGCGCUGGCUGGCUCUGUGCCUCUGCACGCACCUGCCAGGCUGGGUGAAGAUGUGCCAAGAGCCCUCCUCUGGUCACAUGGAGAUACUACUGCAAAACAUGCCUGGAAUAAGAUUUUCUUGGGAUCGGUGUAGGAAAUUAGUCUGAGCGGAGUGAUUUUGCUGCAACGGCUUAGCUCUAAUGUCCAGAGAGAAUUGUUCUUCAUUAAACAUGUAUCUCUCUCUCUGCAGAGUCGGUACUGUAACAUCAGACUGACCACUAAAGAAGACACUCUUCUUCUCCGCAGUCGGCUACAGAAAUAAGGAGAAAUGUGUUUCACUCUGAACCUUAGAGAGCUAGUUGAUAACAGCCAUAUUCUCUCAAAGAUGAAUAGAUUGCAUUAUCUGUGAUAUUCCAGUCCUUACAAAGCCAAAUAAAAUGUGUAAAAGUUCCUAGUAUUUCAAAGACGCAAGUAUGUAAACUUGAUGUUAAAUGUGUUAAUGUAGUACUCUAAAUUGUAUCAGUUAGGUAGCUUAACUAAACAAUUAGAAGAACUAGAUCAACAAAAUAGGGACUGCUGUUCUGCGUAGAAUACACACACCUAUAACUACACCCAUAUACACGUUCUGUGAAUUGUCAGCAAGAAAAAAGCCCAGCGGCAGAGAAUCACAUUUCCUGGCUAAUGCAAAAGAUUGUCAUUAUCUUUCUUGUUUUAAUUUGAGAUUGUACAGUGCAAAGGGUUUUUUUUUUUUUUUUUUAAUUCUGAUUUUUAGCUUUAAUUGUGCUGUCAUUCAUGAACCAGAGCUGCUUUAGUAUCCUGUUAAGAGAUGACAAGGGCUUUUGGUGUCUCAUUAUAUACAAGAGAAAAACAAAUAAAGUUACAUUCCAUGUUA